AGCUGUGUGUAUUUGCCCUGUUCAAUGACAAAUUCUCUGGGGCUAUCCCUAAUGGUGGAAGGAUCAAUGGUUUUUACAGGAUUCUUUUCUCUCACAGGCCGAUCCAGUGGAGAAGCAGUGAGCGUUCAUGUCAUCUACAGACAUCUGUCAAUGAUUAUUGACAAUGGGGACUUUCCACCCAGGAAGCAAGUGCUAUGCAGAUUUCAUGAGAAGCUUCAAGGAGAGUUUCCAGGACUUUCUUGGGGAAACUAUUGUGGAAGUUCAAGUGGGGAUAGGACCUGCAGGGGAGUUAAGGAAUCCAUCUUAUCCAGAGGCUAAUGGUACAUGGAGAUUCCCUGGGAUUGGUGCUUUCCAAUGCUAUGAUAAGUAUAUGAAGGCUAGCCUGAAAGCUGUGGCCGAAGCUAAAGGAAAAGAGCAGUGGGGUUAUGGAGGACCAAGCGAUGCUGGGAACUACAACAAUUGGCCAGAGGAUACACCCUUUUUCAAGGAUGAUGGUGGCUGGAAAACUGAGUAUGGAAGAUGCUUGACAUGUUUGAUCUACAUUGGUGGCUAUUAUUGCAUUCUUGCCAAAAAAAUGUAAGGGAGCUAUUGGGUCACUUGAUUACAGUAAGAAAGAAAGGAGUGCUCUUGCCAUUAAGUCCCAGAUUCAUCCAUCAAAGUUUGGGAACUCAGACUGACAGAAACUAAUGAGAUUCAUGAAUAUAUGUUGAAGAAAGCGACUCUUGCACCUAAACUUAGUCCUAUGACUGACAACCUGUAACAGCUGAGGUUGAAGACCAGGCAAAUGCAAUUACGGUGACAUCUAUAGAACAUUUGCAAGCAGAAGAGAUGGUUGGGGAUGUAGAUGAAUCACAUUUGAAUCUUGAUAUAACUCCCCCAAUAGCAAGAACCAGUGCAGAGUUGAGACCACACACAAAGCCAACAGUUAGAUCAGCUACAGAACUAGGAGUUCCAAAUGCAGAUGUAGCAAACAUGGAUCAUGAAAUGAGGAAUAACCUAAUAAUUAAUAGACAA